CACUUUCAGCGAAUUUGAAUUCGUUUAUGAGAAAACAAGUCAAUCUGAUAAGAAUUUAAAGAAAGCUUCAUUUAAAGAUGGUCCAGUUGAUAGAAUGUCCCGUACUUCCAUUUGCUUACCUUGCCACUUAACAAAUUGUGUCUGCGUUGGAUGUGAAGAACCGUCUGGCAUUGAAAAGGGCACCUUAGACCCGGAAUGUGUUCAGACAUACGAACUUGUUUGUGCUGAAUGUGGAAAUCAAGUUUUUACACAUAUUAAAAAUAUUCCUGGCCAUAGAUUACUUGGGAAUUAUAUUCACUCUCAUCCUCCUGAUGAUAAUUCAAAAUGUCACGGUUGUAUGCUUGAAGAUUCACUUGAAAGCUUCAACUAUAAAGAAAUAUUUAAUGUUUCACUAACCGAUUUAUCAAACCCGGCACAGGAAAAAGAAAUAAAUAAUGUCAACAUUAAUAUGACCCCUGAAGAAGUUAGAAAAGAAAUUGAACAACAUUUGGGCUGCUUCUUAUGUCACUCAAUUAUAAUGAGAACACAUGAAGACAAUUAAAAUACAUUUAUUUUAUAAGUUAGUAGAAACUGGAUGUUUUUAAAGUAAUGAAUAUGUUAUUAUUAACCAAUAAAACUAUUUGUUUACUUAUUUA